AUGAACUACGCAUUGUUACAAAAAGCACUGCAUAAUUGUGCAAGCGUUGACCACCUCAAACGAAUCCAUGCACUAUGUGUGACACUAGGAUUUCUACACAAGCACAAUCUCCAACAACCUUUGUCAUGCAAGUUGCUUCAAAGUUACAAGAGUGUUGGAAAAACAGAACAAGCACAAAGGGUCUUCAAUCAGAUUCAAGAACCAGACAUAGUCUCAUGGACAUGCCUCCUAAACCUCUACCUCCAUUCUGGUCUUCCUACCAAGUCUCUUUUGGCGUAUUCACAUUUUGUGCGUAUGGGUCUAAGGCCUGAUAGCUUCGUUGUUGUUGCAGCUUUAUCCUCUUGUGGGCAUUGCAAGGAUUUGGUUAGAGGGAGGGUUGUUCAUGGAAUGGUGUUGAGGAACCAUUUGGAUGAAAACCAUGUUGUGGGUAAUGCUCUGAUUGACAUGUAUUGCAGAAAUGGGAUGAUUGGAGUGGCUGCAUUGGUUUUUGAGAAGAUGGGAUUCAGAGAUGUGUUUUCUUGGACUAGUUUGGUCAAUGGGUACAUACUUUGUAACAAUCUCGAUACUGCUCGUCGACUGUUUGAUGCAAUGCCUGAAAGAAAUGUGAUUUCUUGGACAGCUAUGAUAGUUGGGUGUGUUAAAGAAGGAGCACCAAUUCAGGCUUUGAAGCUGUUUAAGCAGAUGGAAGCUGAUGGCGAAGCUCCUCCUUGUGCAAAUUCAAUCGUGGCAGUGCUCUCCGGAUGUGCUGAUGUUGGGGCUCUUGAUUUUGGUCAGUGCAUACAUGGUUGUGUUCAGAAAACAAGCCUGAUCCUGGAUGUCACAGUGAGCAAUGCUAUGAUGGAUAUGUACUCAAAAAGUGGGAGGCUUGACUUGGCUGUAAGGAUAUUUGAUGAGAUCCUGAAGAAAGACCUGUUUUCAUGGACAACUAUGAUAUCAGGGUAUGCUUAUCAUGGAGAAGGACACCAUGCUUUGGAUGUUUAUUCUCGCAUGUUAGAAUCAGGGUUUACCCCAAAUGAGGUAACCCUGUUAUCAGUUUUAACUGCUUGUAGCCAUGCUGGACUAGUUGUGGAGGGGAAAGUUUUGUUCAGUAGAAUGAUUCAGUGCCAUUAUUUGAAGCCAAAGAUUGAGCACUAUGGAUGCAUAGUGGAUCUUCUUGGCCGAGCAGGGUUGCUGGAAGAAGCAAAAGAAGUGAUUGAGCUGAUGCCCAUUAGCCCUGAUGCUGCUAUAUGGAGAUCAUUACUUAAUGCUUGCUCAGUCCGGGGGAAUUUUAGAAUGGCUCAAAUAGCUGGAAAGAAGGUAAUUGAACUUGAACCAAAUGAUGAUGGCGUUUACAUGCUAAUAUGUAAUAUGUACUGUGCUGCUAGUAUGUGGAAGGAAGCAUCAGACAUAAGGAGGUUGAUGAGGAAAAGGAGGAUAAAAAAAAGGCCUGGGUGUAGUUGGGUUGACAUCAAUGGCGUUGUUCAAGAAUUCUUAGCUGAAGAGACAUCGCUUCACGUUAAUGCAGAGCUUUGUUUCUUGCUAAAAGGAAUCAAACAGCACAGAGAAACAUGUCUCUUUGCAAAUAUGUAAAGCUAGCUAGGUACUCGUUUAUACCCUCGUAUCUCAAUCCAAGAUUCUUUAGCAGGUGAAGUUUUUGUUCCAACUUUAUGUUCUGAUCAUUUGAGGCAACUCUUUUCUCAUCUUUUUAAAGUUUACUAGUUAAUACCUUUUUUGGUUACACACUAGUUACUACUAUGAUGGUUCCCUUUUCCACUGUUGUCUUGAUUUAUCCUUUAUAAGUCUAGAAUCGGUUUGGCAGUUUUGAGCAUUCAUUUGGUGCAGAUGAUUGUUUGGAGCUAAUCCCUGUGUUGAUCUCCUCCACAACUUUCCUUGUCAUGUUUGCCACACCACAGCUCUCUUGAUGGCAGUCCCAAAUCCGAGGUUUAUUUUGUGGACACAGUACACAUAAUGCAGUGGGAUGGUAGUGUCAUCAUUAGGCCCCAUGAAAAUUGUGUUAAAUUUGUUUCUCGAUUGGUUGUUUGCAUAAAGAUAUAUGUAUGUCUUUUGGUACAAGAUUCGUGAAAAUAUUUAGAAAUCAGAACUCAAAACAGACAAUACACUGCAUAGCAUUACAAACCCCACUUACAUAAAUUAGGGAAUCUGGGUCUUGACACAAUUUAACACACUUGAAGAAGUUUGACCAUUGAGUCAUAUUGCUCAUUGUGAUUAUAUUUA